AAGGUCAAAAAGGGCGACAAGGUCAGCGUCCACUACGAGGGUAGACUCGAGGACGGUACCAUCUUCGACUCGUCCUACAACCGUGGCAGUCCUCUCGUUUUCCAGGUCGGCGUGGGCCAGGUCAUCCAGGGCUGGGACCAAGGCUUGGAAGACAUGUGUAUUGGCGAGAUCAGAGAAUUGAUCAUUCCUGCCGACUUGGCGUACGGAGACCGUGGUAUCGGUCCCAUUCCUCCCAAGGCCACAUUAUACUUCACCACCGAAUUGGUCGACAUCGCCGGGGCCAAAACCCACCACGACGACGAGUUGUAA